GUUGAGUUCAGUUCAAAUUUUAUUUUAGUUCUGCUCCUGUAACUUUUCGUAGUCAUCCCCCCGGUUUACAGGAGUCGAUACCGGAGGCAGGCAAGAAAAGUGUGUGCGGAAAUUUAAUGAGCAGACGAUAGUGGUUUUGGAUUGGGAUGAUACGUGUUGACAGUUCUUAGACUUAAAGUAGUUGGCAAAUCUCUCGGAAGUCCAGCUAAGGUAAGACCACGUACAUGUACGACGAGGGACACACAAGACUGGCUCUCCCGCUGUGGUAAUAUAGGCAACGCCAUCAUGGACUGUCGUACAUACAAUCACAUCAAGGUUGUGUGGUGAGGAUGCUAGGGGUUCAGUGAGUGUCGUCGUAUACUAUCAGUGAGCUAUACAGUCUCCAGCCAACACUCAGCCGGUCGGGGAGGAAGAUACACAGCCCUACGUGGAUCAUUUCUUGGAAAAUCAAGUCUUCUCUUCUUGUGACUGCAGCAACUUUUUUGUGGACAAUUGCAGGAAAUCUCUACAUCUGCUGGUGAUUCUGGAGGGUUUUGCAACAACAAAAGGGAAAAAGCUUCCUGGAUGGUUUACAUAUUGUGAUAUUUAGUACACAACGCACCGCUAUGCAGGAACCCGGCAGAGUGUAAAUAGACACACCGUCGACUGAGCCCCCCCCCCCCCUUCCCAAAUCUGGAAUAUUGAGUGGCCGCAGUUGUUACUGCUGUCGGGAGGUUGUCAAUUUUUAAUUGGAAGUGUUUUGCCCCGGUGUGGGGUAAAACCUUUGAUCUUGUCGUCAAGAUAGGGUGCACAAUGGGAGCCAAUCAUUCCGGAAGGAAAUUAUCAUUUGAUGAAAAUGGAGAAGUUGACUUUGACCAUUUCCAGAUUUUACGAGCCAUUGGAAAGGGCAGCUUUGGAAAGGUGUGUAUAGUCCAGAAGAAGGACACCAAGAAGAUGUUCGCGAUGAAGUACAUGAACAAAGCAAUGUGCAUACGCAAGGAUGCAGUGCGGAACGUGCUGAAGGAGCAGGAGAUCCUCCAGAACGUAGAGCAUCCGUUCCUGGUCAACCUGUGGUUCACAUUCCAGGAUGAGGAGGACAUGUUCAUGGUGGUGGACCUACUCCUGGGCGGGGAUCUCCGCUACCACAUACAGCAGGGUGUCAAGUUUGACGCCGAGCGGGUCAAGUUGUAUCUAUGCGAGAUCGCGCUGGCCUUAGAUUAUCUCAACGCACAUCGGAUUAUUCACAGGGACAUCAAGCCGGACAAUAUUUUACUGGAUGAAGAUGGUCAUGUGCACAUAACAGAUUUCAAUAUAGCUACAGUAUUGCAAGAAGGGUGUCUAGCAACGUCAAUGUCCGGAACCAAACCAUACAUGGCUCCAGAUAUCCUUAAUACAGCUUCAGCAGAUUGCAAAGGCUACACAUUUCCAGUGGACUGGUGGUCUUUAGGGGUUUGUGCCUACGAGAUGUUACGCGGAAAGAGGCCGUAUGACAUCCAUUCUAAUUCCUCCAUCAGCGAUAUGAUGCACAUGUAUCAAUCAACUCAUCCACACUACCCAUCGUCGUGGAAUCCAGCUCUCUCUGAUCUUAUUAGACAGCUUUUGGUUCGAGAUCCCCAACAGAGACUUAUCAGCCUAGCGGCAUUGUGUAAGCAUCCGUUCAUGUCCGAUGCUGACUGGGACGCCGUUCUGGACAUGAAGAUCAAGCCUUCAUUUGUGCCCCCUAAGGAUCAUUUGAACUGUGACCCGACCUUUGAACUUGAGGAGAUGAUCAUUGAGGCCAAACCCUUGCAUAAGAAGAAGAAACGCCUGGCCAAGCAGAGCUCCAAAGGAAAAGAUAUUGAUGAGGAAAUGCAGGCCCAGCUUGACAGCUUGAAUGCAGAGUUCAAAGUGUACAACAGAGAAAAGCCGAAUAAGAUAGAACCGGCGAGUAAUGGAAGCGAAACAAAGCCAGAGGAUGGAACCGUUAACCAGCCCGGCGAUAACACGGCAACCAGCUUAGAUACACAAGUACCACCCACAGAGAAUGCAUUAUCGCAAGAUCAACAACAACAACAACAACAACAGCAACAACAACAACCACAACAACAACAACAGCCGUCACCAGCGCCUAGUGGAGCACAUAAGCAAACAGAACUCCCAACGGUGCAGCAGUAACACAAGUAGUUCUUAACAUAACUUUGUAUAUAAUAUACAUACAUAUGGAGCAGUCUGCGGAUUAACACUAUAGACCAUGCAAGUCUCGCACGUAUUCAAAGGUGUUUUGGACCACUUUGGUCCCGCGUACAUUGCUUUAACGUGGAACGAUCACAAAGUUGCGCACUUCAACUGGUCCUAAUGUUCAAUACCAGCAAGACAUGCAUAGUCUAUUACAGUAAUGGUAAAGAAAGACAACUCAUUAUAAUUGUCAUGUCACUGAUGGAUUCGAUGGUAAUCUAUCCACCAUUUAUCUAAUUUUUUUCUUAGCCUCAAUUCCUAUAACCUCAAAUCCUUGGUUUUGGUCUAAAAUGUAGGUCAUUUUCCUAAAAGCUUUUUACAAAUAUUACAAGACCAGGAGCCAAUUUCCCAAAGAGCUAAGAUAUACCUCUAAGAUGAGUUGCUCAGCGAUUAUUGGCAGUUCAUCAGAUCAAUUAGCUGUUUUUGAAUUGGAGCCCAUGGCCCAAUGUCAUAGAGCCACUAAAGCCAAUAAAACAUUGCUUACCACCCAAAAUACUGUAUUACCAUGUACCAUCAGUGACUUUUAUCAUGCCUUUUUUGCUUAGCAGAAAAACUAUUCAGCGAUAAUUUCUGUUUCAGUUAGCUCCUUGAAAGUGGCCCCUUGGCGGGUUUGGCUUCCUAGGUGUGGUUUACAAUCCCAUCUGUCACAUGACUGUACUGCUUGCUAACUCCUGAGCAAUUAUACAUUUGUUAUAGUGGCGAUACUUCUCGUCAAUGCCUGACGUGAGCAUGUAGCAGCGGGAGAGGGGAGGUAGGUUAGAAGCUCCACCCCUCUAAAUGGUGAUGCACAAGUUCCAUCAAUGGAGUGUGUGGGAUUUAUUUUCCAGAUGUGGCAGGACACUGCUUGCAUAUAGGGGGUACAUUACUGUGAAAAUAUUCAAACUGUUUAGCCCACCACUGAAAUAGAUUUAGAGUCACUGAAAUCUGUUCAUGUUGCCAGUCUUAAAGGCACUGGACACGUUUGGUAAUUGUCAAAGACCAGUAUUUGCUCUUGGUGUAUCCCAACAUCUA